UCUACAGUAGGCUGGCACCGGUCCUGCUGACGACACUGGCCUUCCGACGGUAUUCUUCACUGGGCAAGGCGAAACAAAAAUACGUCCAUUGGCUCAUUUGCAUUCAUCUGGUGAUUUUGAUAGUGAGCCUACUUCAGUUGCCGCGGAUGGCCAGUGCUAUAAACCGCCGCACCCGCCGUUCCUGAAUCCGAUGUACGCACCAGGUGUUCCCUCUGCAUCAACACUUCAGGCUGACAACCCACAAAUUUUGGAAAAGGGAGACGAUGGCAGUGACAACAACACGCUUACAGCUGCAGAGAGCGGGCAGACAGUCCAUGUUACCCCGGGUGAUAACAAGGAUAAACCCGCUGACUCACUAGAUGCUCGCCCAAGGGCCGAUAACAUUGGCGGCCUUCUUCACAACCCGCCAAACCCACAAAAAGACGAUGGCAACAGGGACAGUAACGCACGUGCAACUGUAGCUGAGAGCGGGAAGACAGUCCAUGUUACCCCGGGCGAUGACAACAUUGAACCGGACCAACCAGAUAAGAUUCAGGCUGGUAACUCUGACGGCAUCCGGCCAUGUGCUGUAAGGUACCAGGAAGCAGCAGCUGAGGGCGGACAGACAAACGAUAAUGACAUUGGUGACGACAAUAUCGAACCUUACGCCGUUUGUGAAGAAGACGUGCAAAAUACUGUGUCUCCAGGACACGCCGAGGCCUCUGAUGAAAAAGGCAACACCGUUGGGCAGCAGCAGGCAACUUGCGAUGCAUCCGAUGCAGGCAUGAACAAGAAGAUGAAAUGGUGGAAUCUUUGCAAAAUGAUGUUCAAGAUCACCAGCAUCAUUCUCAUAUCCAUAUCGUUGUUAUAUUCAGCAGUCAAAGCCAGCACUCCUUCUUCGGAGGUGACAAAACUUUCCUCGGUGAUAGCCAAGCUUUCUCCUGAGAUGGGCAACAGGUUCAAGUCAAUAGAGUUGCGACUGAAGGAGCAAGAACACCAACUGCUACUUUUGCGACUAAAGGAGCAAGAACGCUACCCGCCAUCCAGCUGCACUAAAGUUGCAGAGAGAGGUGGAUUUGAUACCCAGGCGUUCUACAUCAUCGACCCUGACGGACCAGGGCGUGGGGUCCGGCCGAUGUUCGUUCACUGUGACCUUGACGGACAAACAGCAAUUACGCUGAUUGGUCACGACAGUGAAACACGGACACAUGUGAAAGGGUUUGAAGGUCAUGGCAGCUACUCCAAGAAUGUGACCUACUGGAACAGCCUGGAGCAAGUGAGAGCUGUGGUGAAUCAGUCAUCGCGAUGCAAACAGCUAAUCAAGUAUGAAUGCCAUGGUUCAUUCAUCUGGGAGUCGAAUGGAAGACCCCAUGCCUGGUGGGUGACUUGGGACGGUCGCCAGGCUGACUACUGGGGAGGUGCCAGUCCUGGGAGCGGGAAAUGUGCCUGCGGUGAAACAGGCACAUGCCGGGGUAGAUGCAACUGUGAUGCCAAUGAUCGCACGUGGCGUGAGGAUUCUGGAUUCCUGUCCCACAAGAAUGACCUGCCGGUCACCCAGCUCAGGUUUGGGGAUACCGGUAUCGGUCAUGAUAGUGAAGAAGGCUAUCACACCCUGGGCAAACUCAUCUGCUAUCCCUGAGUCUCUCUGUGGAUAAUUGUAAGUCUCUUAAAGACAUAAAACAGCACAUCAGUGUUCACUUAAACAUUUUUAAGUUAGCAUUUCAGCACUUUACUAUUGUUAUGACA